CCUUUCACCUUUUGUUAUCAAAUAAAGUUUAUUUUCAUGCAUAUUUGUACAAAUGGAUGUAUAUUUAUUUUGGAAUCCAAGCACACAUUGAAAAACACCAGAAGCAUAUUUUCGGACAUGUCCUCUGACAAAGAAAACAGUAUCACAGUAUCUCAAGGCACUUUGAAGCAGGAUAUGAGCAAAGCAAGAACAGCAGAGAAGAAGAAAAGCACUACAGAGAAAAUUGUGAGCUUAAGCGCUCGCCAACAACACUUUUCUGGGAGUCUAAAGGAUGCUGCAAAAAGCCUUGGUGGAUCUUUCAUGGAGGUUAAUGUUAGUGGUCAGCCAUGGGGUUGGAUGGCCGAACAGUCUGGCUUGAAUGGCAGUGAAGGAAUAAAGGGCGUUUGCAACUUAAGCUCUCUGGAAAUUUCAGAUGGAUGGAUCCAACAAUCCGAUGCAGUGGCAGUAUUGUUGAACCUAACCAAUCCAUGUCAUGCAGCAUAUCAGAUUCAUCAAAUGGCUCAGCUCUAUAAAGAAGUUGGGAAACAUUUUAAACUUCAAGACGGAUCGUUUCAACUGAAGUACUUGGAUGAUGAAGAAAAAUGGGUGAUGCUGGUUACAGAUUAUGAUCUCCAAGAAUGCUUGGAGAUACUAAAUGGUAUGGGAAAACACUCAGUGAAGUUUCUGGUUCGUGAUUUGCCUCCCCCUUUAAGUAAUUCUGGUGGCAGCAAUGGUUACCUUGGAACAGAACAGGCUUAUGACAUCUACACAGUUGCUAAUGUUGAACUCUGAAAACACCUGUUUACUCAUCUUUCAUAUAAGAAAAGAGAACAUUUUUAGUUCGUACGUAAGUCAUGGCAUAAGCUCUUUGACAACAGAAAAAUAGAUUACAUCAGUGUUUUGUUGAGAAAAUAUUGUUUCCAGAACAGAGUAAAAACCAGACUAAUAACAAAUGAAAUAUUUCUUU